UCAAAAUGCCUCAACAACAACGUUCUUCAAUAAACAACAUUUAUUUCAACGCCCACCAAUUGUGAAUCAUUCAUUUCUCCAACAACAUUGGAAAGGAUUCUUGUCUUCUGCUUCAAUUGUCAACAAAAAUUGUUUCAAAACACCUUCACCAGCUUUUCCUGUUUCAUCAGCAAUGCUUGCCACACGAAAUGCUGCUGCACACCAAAUGCUGCUGUUGGGGGGGGGAGGUUUGGGGGAACCACUUUGGGAAACAUCGAAUGGGUUGAACAGUAUAAGGCGAAACCUUAACUGUUAAUUUUCUGAAUUAUUUUAAUUAUUUUUUUUGCAGCCUGCUAGUUUAUGUUUGGUUGGAAAAAUUUUUGGUGGUUUGGUUUUCGGAGGUUUUUUGUCUUUAAAAAAUAGUUUUUAGAUUUUAUUUUCCAAUGGUUGCAGUAGAUGGUGAUUAAAAAUAGAUUAAUGCUUCGAUUGCAUUUUGUUAGUCGUGGGGUCUCUGGAUUUCAUGUGGUCGUCCCACAUAUUUUGUCCGGGAUUACUGACUGUCAGGGUCUUUUUGACUUACUGACCCGUCAGGGUUUUAUAACUUACUGA